AUGCCGACCGCCGUCACUCUUCCGCACUGGAAUCGCAAUGGAAACUGGCCCAUCUCUCCUACUGACGAUCGGACCAUGCAUGCACCAGUGAAAAACGAGAUUGCCCAUUAUACCUCCGACACACAAGAUACUUCCAACCCCGCCAAGAUUCGCCGGCGAGCCUCACAGGGUUCGCUGCGAACACGACCAUCACCGGUCUCACGUUUCCUGUCCAAGAGCAGUGUGAACGUGAACUUCCCGUCUUGGGAACAUCGCUCCUCGCAUGGGUCGCCCCGGGCUGAAUCACGCACCAGAUCGGCCGAUUCUCGCCUGCGACUCUCAACCACGGUGUCUCGCGGGCCGAGACCGUUGACGGCGUCUCCUUCCUGGAACUCCCCUCCCGCAUACCAGGGCGAAUACCCCGCCACACUGCCCCCCACGCCGCCAGAGGAGGAUAUCCCCGUGGCUUGGGACACCAAGUCCGAGAUGUUACUGUUUGAUACACACCGUCCGAGCUCGAUGCCCAUGAUGGAUGACACGCCGAGCGUGGACAACUCCUCCACAAAUGGGGCCUCAGAUACACUCAGCAGUCCAUCAGAUGGCCUGUCUCACAGAUCCUCCAGCUCCGGCGGCAGUCCCGGACCUCGAGACGAAAUGGACUGCCAGAUGGAUAUGGGGUCAUGGCUGGAUCAUGGCAUCAACAUGACUGCAUCCGCACUCGCCCUCGCCAACCCUCGAGGCGAAGCCGUCAAAAUCGUCUCCCAAACACUCCCAUACCCUCAAACAUCCGACCAGUCGGUGUCAUUACCGAAAACCGACAGCGUCUUCUGCUCCAUGGUCCAGGCCGUCCACAACCACCUGCAGCCUGGCCAAUCCCCCUAUAUCAACGUCACCCACGCCGUACCGGAGCACUUCAGUCUCUCCAACCUCCCCCACUCCCCACCCAGCACCCCUCGGUCCACGACGGCCGCGGAGGAUUACUUCAAUGCCACCGUCUUCUCCAGUGCCGCCGUCGUCGGUGCAUACCACGAUUACCGCGGUCCCCUCCAACGGCAAAUGACCCAUGCCCCCAUGCCCAUCGUGCCUCCUCACAGCGUCCACAUCUCCGUUCUCGAGCGGUACCUACCUCCACCCUCGGCACAAGAAUACCGUGAUGUGUUCUGCCCCACCCGCCCGUCAUUCCUCGUCGACCGCAUGAGCGAACUGUCGCCCAACGGCGGCUCCCUCCUUUUCGUGUACCCUACCAAAAAGGGAGCAUCGACCUUCAAAUCACAAUACCUGGGUCCCAUUCUCGACCCUCUCCUCCGUCAACUUGUCGUGGUCAACGAGCUUUCCGCCGACGUGGGCCGCUACCUCGGCAAGCUCUCGUCCGUCUCCCAAAUGGACGACUUCGCCACCAUGAAAGCCAACAUCGUGGCCCUGUGCGAAUCUCUCAGCUCCCCCUCCUCCAAGUUCGAAGUCGCCGACGCCGGCCGCGGAAGCACCCACCUCGACCGCAACCUCUGGGCCGAGUGGUUCAUCCACCAAGAAAAGGCUCGCAUGAAGGAGGUCCUCAGCAUAUACUGGCAGAACGGCCGACGACCCCACAAGCCCAUGGGUCCCGGCAUGAUGGGCAGCAAGGAGGUGACCUCCUCCGGCCUUCUGAGCGAGAUCUGCGACGGCAUCCGCAAACGCCGAUACGGCGAGGACAACGAGCCACGAGAUGGCAUCGAGCUUGGUGUUUUCGUCAUCCGUCGAUCCUCCUAG